GUUUUAUCCAGAACAAUGGGUGAGAUGUAGAAAACUAAAGCAUAAUUCCAGUGGUUCUUCAUCUACAGCCAGAUCAGCCGCGGCACUGACCGGCUGGGUGCUGCUUCCGGUCUGCAUGCCGUCAGAUCCACUGCACACUGUGGCGGCGAACCUUUAUGUUCAACAUUUCAAUCAGGCGGGAAAUAAAUGAUUAGGUGACUAAUGAUUCCAAGCAGCAACAGUACAUGUUCAGUCUGCACUGUUUUAAAGCUCGGCCCGGAGCGCAGAUUAAGCUCUGCGGCGUGAAAGUACCUCUAUCUGACGUCAUUCCUGUUUCCAACUUCCGAGGGGACGCAAACGCCCCACGCUGGACGGAAGUGGCUGCUGCUGGUGUUAUGGUUCGGUUCUAUGGCGCCGCGUAAGGUGGAACAGAAGCUGCCUGCUGGGAUAUAAUGCUCUGCCGGAGACCUGCUGACCUGCAGCCAUUAGUGACGGAGGUGAUGAUAGCGGCUAACUGCUGCCAGCUAACCCGGCUUGGACUGCGAGGUGGCCACUCCUCCUCCAUGGAGCUGAGUCAGUAGAGCGAGGAGCAGCAGGAGGUGCUGCUUUGACCCGGCCCAGCAGAAGAUUGAGAAGCUUUAGGUUCUGCUGCGUGAAGCCAUGGCUUUCCUGGACAACCCGGCCAUCAUCCUGGCCCACAUCAGGCAGUCCCACGUCACCAGCGACGAUACGGGGAUGUGUGAGAUGGUUCUGAUAGACCAGGACGUGGACCUGGAGAAGUGCCAGCUCACCCUGGUGCCCGGUACCAGCUGUGGAUCGUCAGGCUCCGCCUCCCUCGGCGAGGCCGGCUGUCCCGCCGUGGAAAACCACAGCUGUGACCUCUCCCAGUCCAUGGACAUCACCUCCAGCUGGGACUUUGGCAUCCGCCGCCGCUCCAAUACAGGAUUCCAACAGGAAAGCUGUGAAAAGGCUGGGGCUGCGGCGCAAAGACUGGAGCGACUGAGGAAGGAGCGUCAGAACCAGAUCAAAUGUAAAAAUGUCCAGUGGAAGGAAAGGACGAGCUCCCACUCUGCGGAGGAUCUGGGCUCUCUGUUUGAGAAACGCGACUACAAAGACCGGCCGAGGGCGGCGGGGGCCAAGUCCACCUUAUCGCUGCGCCUGGAGCAGUGUCCUCAGCAGCUCAACAAUCCCUUCAACGAGUACUCUAAAUUUGAUGGCAAGGGUCACAUCGGUACGACGGCCACCAAGAAGAUAGACGUCUACCUCUCCAUGCAGAUGGCUCAGGAGAAGCUGCACCCCAUGACGGUGGUGACCAUCGCCAACGCUCGGGUUCAUGACCUCAUCGGCCUCAUCUGCUGGCAGUACACUGGCGAGGGCCGAGAACCCAAACUGAAUGAGAACGUGGACGCCUACUGCCUCCACAUCGCAGAGGACGAUGGCGAGGUGGACACAGACUUCCCUCCGCUGGACUCUAACGAGCCCAUCCACAAGUUCGGCUUCAGCACUCUGGCUCUGGUGGAGAAGUACUCCUCCCCUGGACUGACCUCCAGGCAGUCCCUGUUUGUCAGGAUAAACGCUGCUCAUGGCUUCUCUUUAAUUCCUGUGGACAGUCUGAAGGUCACCAUGAAGGAGAUUCUUCAGAAGGCCCUGAAGAAGAGGAAAGGUUCCCAGAAAGGAGCAGGUCCUCUGUAUCGUCUGGAGAAGCAGAUGGAGCCAAACGUUGCCGUGGACCUGGAGUCUUCUCUGGAGAGCCAGAACACGCUGGAGUUCUGCCUGGUCAGAGAGAACAGCUCCAGAGGCGAGGAGAGCUCAGAGGAAGACCCUACCAUUGACAUCACCACCGUCCAGGACAUGCUGAGCAGUCACCACUACAAGUCCUUCAAGAUCAGCUUGAUCCAUAAGCUGCGUUUCACCACAGAAGUCCAGCUAGGCAUUUCAGGAGAAAAAGUGGAAAUUGAUCCUGUUACCAAUCAGAAGUUUUUCCGCAUUCGCCAGAAACCCAUCUCCAUCGACUCGGACCACCUGUGUGCCUGUGACCUUGUUGAGGAGAGGAGCCCCAGUAAGUGUUCCUCAGACCUGCAAAAGUUUGAUGCGAUCCCUGAGAAACAGUCCUCCCAUCCAUCAGAAACGUUUAGCACCUUAAGUUCAGCAGCGAUCGACCUGAAAGAUUACAGCCAUCAGCUGGUCCUAGCUUGACCCGGAUGCAGCUCC